GUGGAUGCAAGUCAGGCGAAGGCCCGGCUGAGAGGAUUCUGGGAGGACCAAUGCCGCUUGGCCGAGGAUGCAGACUGGCAGCCGGACUCCGAGGUGCGCUUGGAAGAACGGCUCGCUGGCUUCGUGGCUGGCCCCGAGCCGCAGGACGAUCUGGACAAGGUGAUGCAGCUGGUCUGCAGCUUCGAAAACGCUUCGGAUGAUGAGAAGGUGGCCUUCUUCCUGCUCCACUUCAAACAGGAGCUCUUCGCGCUUGUUCAGCAGAAGGCCAACCACUUCAUCGAAGAGGAGAUGGAGAACAUGAAGGAGCUGGACGGCAUCUUCGAGGUGCAGGAGCAGUACUACAAAGUGCUGCUCUGCACUGCCUCCCUGGUGGCGCAGUGUUACCAGAAGUCCCGUCCCGAAGCCCGAGCCUUCCUCUUCGGCCACGAUUGGGAUGAGAUGCCCAUCGAGAAACUCAGGGCAAAGAAGAGCCAGCUGCUAAAGUCCUUCCACACCGACAAGACCAAGACCUUAGCUUGGCGAGUCCACAGCAUCAAGGAUGCUGAGGGAGACGUGGCCGUGGAGGAGCAGGUGCAAGCAGACCUGGUGAAGUUCACCGCCGCGACAGCCCUUGUGAGUCAGGUGGGCAAGGACAUUGAGCAGGAAAGGGAAAAGUUGAUGGACCUUCGCAAGCGAAUGCGGAAAUUGGAGGGGGAGGCUAAAGGGUGGAUGCGCCGUGCUGAGGACAAUGCCGAGCUGGCCAAGAAGGAUGCUUCCAGCCUGCACCAGGACAAGCAGCAAGAUGCCGCCAAGCGUGCCCGUGAACUCUGGGACGACUUGAUGCGCCUUUUGGAUCGCGUGGAUGAGCCCGACGAGCCAAGACGAAUCCGAGUGCGUCUCUCCAUCGCCGAGGCGUGUGUUCUGGAGGGCUUGCCAGCGAACAUUGCGCAGCUUUAUGUGAUCGGAGCGAAGCACUUGUGGCAUCGAACGUGGCCCCUAGAUCAAAAGAAACAGCAGGAGCACAAUGUGCUGUUGAAGGCCAUUCUGGAGGUCGAGCAGAAAGUGCACGCACCCUGUGCUGCACUGCAGUCGGGCAAGGCUGAAGCUGGCAAUGCGGCCCCUACAGACGUACUGGCUUUGCUUCCAACUGCAUGCAGAGGUCAGCGUCUUCGGAGUGACCUCCAAGUUGCGACAAGAGCUGAUUUAGACAAAGUGUUCCAGUCGACAAGGCAGUUUGACAUGGACGCGUACCAGCUGAUGGUGCCUACCCUGGAAGUCGCCCGUUGUGACGUCAGCUCGCCAAUGUGCCGCACGUUGAAAUUGUCCCAGACAGCUUGUAACCUGCUUGGAGGGGUUGGAUUGGUAUCAGGCGGCGCAGGAUUCCUCGCUGUGGGAUUGUCGAUGGGUUGUGCAGUCACAGGAGGUGCCGGAAUCGCGCUUCUGGCAAUAGGUGGUGUGGCAGGGGUGAUUGCCAGUUGGCAGGCAUCUGCUCGUGGGAGCUUCCUGAAGCAUUUGCACCACAUGGUCCGGUAA